AAUGUGGUUAAAUAUUGGCCAACGGAUUAGUGUAGAACAAUACAUCUAUUAGCCAGUUUCAUUAGACGUGUAUGUUGAGUGUUUUCGUAAUAAUUUAGUUAAGGUGAAGAAUCUUGAAAAACUUGGCGGUACAAAUGUUUUACGAAAGGUGCGCCAUUGCUGCAAGAAGUCUAAGGGGAAAUUAAAAUGAAGCAAAAUGCGGACGAUACUAGUAUAGAUAUAACUAAAAAGGAUCUAAGCAAUUUCAAUAAUGGCAAGGAAGUCGUUUAUUCGGCCACUACAAUGAGCGACGAACAAAAAUUGAAUGACUAUCAAAGCUUGAGGCCGAAUGAGCCCACCUCUGGCAACUCAUUUUACUUAUAUAGAGCAGCUCUUAUUGGUGAUCUGCUGGCUUUGAAUGCAGGAAUCGGCCUAUCAUGGACCUCCCCAGUGCUUCCGAAGCUCCAUGGACCAAACAGCCCCCUAAAUACUUCCAUAGAUACGUUCCAAGAGAGCUUAAUCACGUCUAUUUUAUGUAUAGGGGCUGCCUUUGGUGCGUUUCUAUUUGGCCAUCUUGCAGAUAAAAUCGGCCGGAAAAAGACGCUGCUUACCGUGGCAGUCCCUAUGGUAGCAGGAAUGCCUAUUCUGGCCUUCACUGAUCAAGUGCGAAUGUACUAUUUGGGCAGGUUUUUAUAUGGGUUGGGUAGUGGGGGUGUUUUCACAGUAUUAACCAUGUACACUGGGGAAAUUACUGAAGACCACAACCGAGGGAAAUUCAGCUGCAUUCAGGGCCUAUUUGUGUCGCUUGGGGUUCUUUGCUCUUUUUCAAUCGGCAGCGUUUUAUGCGUGCGGAUAUUCUGCUUGGCGUGUCUUUUACCUUUGCAGAUUUUUGUAAUUUUCUUCGCCUUAUACGCCCCAGACAGCCCUUCGUAUCUGGUAAGAAUAAAUAGGCUCGAAGAAGCUGAAGCGGCCUUAAGAAACCUGCAUUUGCUCUCAAAGGGGCAGGCAGGUGAAGCCAUUGCGGAUCUGCAGCGACUUGAGGAAAUCCACAAAGAAUCCAAAGGAGGUGUUAAGGAAAUAUUCCGAUCAACGGGGUUGAAAAGGGCAUUUUUGAUAUCCGCCGUACUGUUGAUUUUGGAGCAGUUUUCUGGAAUAAACGCUGUGAUUGGAUUCAUGGAGAACAUAUUCAGAGCGUCGGGAGACGGCAUUCCUCCACAAGCUGCCACGACUUUAGUGGGCGUCAUUCAAGUGGCUACAGUCUUUGUCACAUCUUCCUUCAUAGACAAGCUGGGCAGGAAGUUUCUUCUCUUGGUCUCAGCCAUCGGCUCUGCAGCUUCCAUUCUGGUGCUUGGUUUGUACUUUUUCCUCCACAAGCACGAGUUCAGGCUUCUAGAAUACUUCUGGUGGCUGCCCAUCUCCUGCCUGCUCCUCUACAUUGUUUCCUUCAACCUGGGCCUUGGCCCAGUCACAUGGACUGUGCUCUGUGAAGUGUUUCCAGACAACGUAAAAUCAACCGCAUCCUCAAUGGUAGCAGCCAUUUGCUUCCUAAGCUCUUUCUUAGUCACUUUCGCUUUCCCAGUGCUAAGCGAACUGCUCGGAAUGGCCGAGUCGUUUUGGCUGUUCGGCCUUUGUUGUGUUCUGGGCAUCAUAUUCAUUCACUAUGUUGUAGUGGAGACUAAAGGGAAAAGCGCCAUAGAAAUUCAGAAAAUUCUUAGCGAAAAGUGAUUGUGCGGGAGAACAAUAAAAACCCCAAACUAUGA